CCCCUUCACCUGUGCGCUGACCUUGGCUCCCUCUGCAUAGGGACUCAACUGCGCGGCGCCUCCCCCUAAAGGAGGGCACAAACGAAUGGUAGCCCCGCGUCUGAGGCGGCACGAGUUAUAUCAGACAGUUGGGGGUGAUUCCCCAGAACUGAGAAAGGGUGGCCCCUGCAGAGUGGCUAAUCGGUUGAGCAUUCCAGGUGGGUAUAGCGCAUCUAGCGCAUCUAGCGUAUCUAGCACAUCCUGCGCACCUUGCGCGGGGAGUCACGUCGGGUGGAAGAGGAAGUGGAGGGAAAGACGGCGCGGUACAGAUACCGCAUACUUCGUAAGGUGGCCUCUUCGACAGCUUAGCAGCUGAGCAGCUGAGCGAAGUGGGCGCCCAUUUUCACUUUCGCACCGAUGGAGGAGCUGGCGAGGGAGCGGCUCGUCGAGGGCGCCAGGAGCCACCAAGACAUAAAGAACAUCAAUUUGUACCUUGCGAACAUAGAGGAGAACAUAAUAAGAAUUAAAAAUGAAGGAGAGAGCAUCAUCGACGAGGUGUUCCUGGCCUUCAACGGGUCCAUCAGCCACAUCUCGCUGUACGCCUAUCUAUACGACCACAAGGUAGGAGUGAACUUAGAUUGCCUGCAGUUUAUCUACGAGCAGAGCUACAUAGAGGAGGAGAAGGUCAUCGGGGAGGGGGAGGGCAGUAGGAAACAGGAGAGUGUCGUGGACAUAGCCAAAUUUGAUUCAGACCUUAUUCACUACCUGGUGAGCGAGAUUAGGAGCAACUACGACGAGCAGACCAACCUCACCACCAAGGAAAUUGAACACAUCAUAAGCAAUCAUAAAAAUAAAAUUUUUGAAGAAUCCAUCAGAGAGUACAAGGAGAAGUACGGAGAUGCCAUCAAAGUGUUUAACAUCUUCCUAGACUUUAAUCACUUCUUCUAUGAUGAGAAGAAAAUGAAAUUUUUAAAAAAAAAAAAAAAAGAUUUUGUAGCUAACUACAACAAGUAUAUUGAUGCAAAUAUGGAUGUGGAGUUUUACGAGCUGAAGUACCACCUGCUGACGAAGAAGGCGAAGGGACAUGCGUCCGUUUUGUUUUGGUCGGAUGCACUGAACGAGAUUCACAUUAAGAACAAAACGAUCAUCACGUCGGUUGACGCCAUUAAGCUGACGAACACGGGGCACCAACAUGUAAUUGGCAUUCUGGGGCUGAACCGCGACGGAGACAUGGUCAUCCAGGGCAUACGCAACGAAAUAAAGCUGUUCCUCAACCGGGAGUGCGUGAUAAACCACGGGCUCUACUGCAUCGGCCACGUGAUCCUCGUGCAGGGCCGCAUGCGCCUCGCCAACAAGACCUUCUACGCCGCGGAGAUCAUGCACCCCCCCAGAAACUUCGAAGAGGAGCGGAACGAAGAGGACAUGUUCUACGACUUCGAAAACGAAAAGGAGAAAAAGGAGGUGGAGGAAUACGAAAUCAUCGUGCGGAAGAAUGACAAGAGACACAACUGGAUCAUCAUGCACGACGUGUAUUUGGACAGCCCCUACACGUUCGAGGUGCUGGACAAGAUGCUCUCACUGUACGUGAAUACCUACCCGGAGAAUGAGCUCCCCGUGGGAUUCAUUUUCAUGGGGGACUUCAUAAGCCUCAAAUUUGAUUACAACAGAAACUUCCACAAGGUGUAUAUAAAGGGGUUUGAAAAGCUAUCCGUUAUGCUCAUUUCGAAGUUUAAAUUGAUUCUGGAGCACUGCUAUUUGAUCUUCAUUCCUGGGAUAAACGACCCAUGUGCAUGCAAAAAUAGCAUUCCCAAAAUGCCCAUUCUACCAUACUAUAUUAGGAAGUUUAAACAAAACAUAGAGUCCUUUUUCUCCUCCAAAAGGAACAUCAUUUUUGCUACGAACCCGUGUAGAAUCCGUCACUUGAGCAAAAAAAUGAUCUUUUUUAGACACGACAUUUUAAAUGACUUAAUUUGGAGCUCCACCAUUAAUGCCACCAAUAAUGAAAGGAAUAAUUUGCAAAACAUUUUGGUUUCUACCAUCGUUGGGCAGAGCCAUAUCUAUCCCAUCCCCCAUGAUAAUCGCAUUCUGAAGAGGUACUCUCCUUUCCUUUUCCUGUACCCCCUCCCUCACUUCAUCUGCGUCUGCGACAAUUCUUGCAACAGCUUCAUUUCGUACGCCUCCGAGGACACCAGCGACUGCAUCAUUUCCAACUCGGACAUGUCCUUCACGCGCAAGAAGACCUUCACGGUGUACAGCGCCCUGCACCACGAGGCCAAGCGCUACGUCGUCCCGCUGUGA